AUGGAGAUGGACUGCAGCCACACACUCUUUCUUGAUUUGUACAAGUCUGAUAAUGAAACUUUUUCAGGGCAAGCACCUAUUGAAGAGAAAGAGACAGAACUUAUUUUUGUCCACAUUGGGGCCAAGGAAUUCACUGUACCAUGCAAGCCUGAGAAAAUAGAUGUUGUGAUUGGUAUGAAUCCUACCUACAUCUGGAGCCUGGAAAAUGGAGAAAACCUAACUCUCCAUUCUGGUGCCUCCCUGAUUUUGCAUGAAUUCCGUGCUGAGGAGAGUGGACGCUAUACCUGUUCUAUCUCUUUCACAGAGGAAGACCAGCUCCAUACUAUGACUUUCUCUCAUACAGUGGUGGGGUAUCACAUACGUGGCGAAUUAGAGGUCCUCCUGAUUUUUCAGAGUAACUCAUGUGAUAAGCAAUUGACACGUGAAUUUGUGAGAACUCUACAUGCACAACUGAGUCAAUUGGUGUUCCACCUCCGUUGUGAGCUCCUUUCUGGGAGCACCACUUGCUUUCCUACUGUGGAGAAGCCUUUGGAUGAGUUCAACCUCCAAGUAGAGCUAAAAGUAACUCCAUUUGGAAAGGACUGGGAUAAAUCCUGCUACCCUCAGAUUGAUUCAAUGGCAUUAGAAUGUUACCACUCGGCAGUCCAGAAAAAUCUACAGGAGGCCAAGGAAGCCAUGACUGAAUUUAUGGAUAAGAAUAAAAACUUUUCUCUGGAAACAUCAAAUGGUUCGGAUGUUUCUUUUGUCAAUACCUUUUUCAAUUUCUUAGAAGAGGGAAAGUGCCACGAGGGUUAUGGACAGACACAGGAGCUACAGUCACGCUGUCCCGACUGCUGUACUUUGUGCCCUCCUGGAACAUACAGUGUGGCUACCACUGACAGCUGUGUUCUCUGUCCAAUUGGGAGCUAUAGCUUGCACUAUGGGACAAUCAUCUGUAUUUCAUGCAACAACAAUUGGCUUACCUCUCACCCUGGUGCCAGAACAUCUGCAGACUGCAUGAAUAUGAGAGCUGUUGCUAUUGCUUUCGCCGUCGCUGGCAGAAACAUCGUUCCUCUGCUAAAAUUGAUGGAGAGACCAAAGUACAAGAAGAAGGUCUUGCUUCUACUACAGUUGAUGAACAGACCAAAGUACAAGAAGAAACUCCAGCUUCUGCUAAUGACACUGUCAUUGUAGUCACUGAAGAACAUCCUUCUCUCCCCUUGCCUUUUUCUAGUUCUGAACAUCCCAACAAAGAAGAGGGCAUGUCUCUACUUCUUUCCAAGCUACAACCACAGGCUCUUCCUGGGCUGGCAAAUCCUGCUGCCAAAGGCCUUUUGUCAUCAUAGCUCUAACUUGUUUUGAAUGAUAAUUCCCAAUAAAUUAUUAUCUAGGAA